AUGACCCUGUACCUGCAACCUGCAGCGCUGCUGCUGAGCUGCUCCUGUUGGGCUCUCCUCUUUUAUGGAUUUAUUAACACCUGUCUGAAAUCGCUGGUAGUUGAAAAGUUUGGCGAGGAGACGUGGGUCAAACUGAGGGAUGAAGCUGGAGUCCAGGAUACCUUCCUGACAUAUGAAGUCUACAAAGAUGAAAUCACCAUGAAAUUAUUAGCCGAAACAUGCAAGCUGCUUGGAAUAAAGCCAGAGGUUGUCUUGAGGCAGUUUGGAGAAUAUUUCUUUGAAUUUUGCAAACGCUCCGGCUAUGAUCACAUGCUGCGGACUGUGGGAGGAAAUCUGUUUGAAUUCACAGAGAAUUUAGAUGCACUUCAUGGCUACCUCACCCUCUCCUACAAGGAAAUGAAUGCUCCAUCAUUUCGGGUGGAGAGGAACCCCGAUGGCACCAUGCUUCUCCAUUAUUAUUCAGACCGCAAAGGACUCUGCCACAUUGUCCCUGGUAUUAUUGGAGCUGUUGCUAAAGAUUUUUUCAACAGUGAUAUUACAAUGGAGAUUGUCAACCAGCUAGAGGAGCUUGAGAGAACUGGGAAGAAGGAGCAUGUGGUUUUUCUGGUUACACAGUGGCCAGCUGUUGCUGCUCACUCCAGCGUGUUCAGCACCACUUUAUCAAAAGAGAUCCAGUAUCAGUUUCUCCGUGCACAGGAGUCACUGGGAGACAAUCAGGGCGCUGGCAAACUGUUGAGAGGUUUUGAGCCAGUGUACCCUACAACUCUUAACAUUGAUCCGAAGACUUUCUGCCAUGCUUUCCCUUUCCACAUAGUCUUUGAUGAACAGCUGGUGGUGCAUCAGGCAGGGGUGAACCUCCAAAAGAUGGUCCCUGGGCUCAAGACUAUGAAUGUCCAUCUGAACCUUUACUUCAGCAUUGUGCAUCCUGAAGUCACCUUCACCAUCUCCAGCAUCAGGAAGUUCAUCAACAGCCACUUUGUCCUGCAGACGCGGAGGGAUAUGAUGCCUGAAGCGUGGAAGAACAGGCCAAUGCUGCAGCUCAGAGGUCAGAUGAUCUGGAUGCCCUCUCUGGACAGUAUGCUCUAUCAAGCCUCUCCUCUGCUGAGAAGCCUCCAGGAGCUGGAGGAGAGGGACAUGCACAUCUCUGAUAUUGCACCACACGACGUCACCCGCGACCUCAUCCUGCUUAAUCAGCAGCGACUGGCUGAAAUCGAACUGUCCAAUCAGCUGGAGAGGAAGAAAGAGGAGCUCCGCCUCCUGUCUCAGCACCUGGAAGAAGAGAAAAGGAAGACGGAGAACUUGCUGUACGCCAUGUUGCCCAAGCACGUAGCCAACCAGCUGAAGGAGGGCAAGACAGUAAAAGCAGGAGAAUUUAAAGAGUGCACCAUACUGUUUAGCGAUGUGGUGGCCUUCACUAAUAUCUGCUCCCUGUGUGAACCCAUCCAAAUAGUCUUUAUGCUGAACUCCAUGUACCUUCGAUUCGACCGACUCACAACUGUGCACAAUGUUUACAAGGUUGAGACCAUCGGGGAUGCCUAUAUGGUGGUGGGUGGCGUGCCCAUAUUUGUCUCCAGCCAUGCUGAGCGGGUGGCCAACUUUGCCCUGGGUAUGAUCCUGGCUGCCAGGGAGGUUAUUAACCCUGUGACAGCAGGGCCCAUUCAGAUUCGUGUGGGUCUUCACAGUGGUCCUGUGCUGGCAGGUGUGGUUGGGGUGAAGAUGCCUCGUUACUGCCUGUUUGGAGACACGGUCAACACUGCAUCCCGCAUGGAGAGUCACAGCCUCCCCGACAAGAUCCAUCUGAGCCCAACUGUCUACCAGGCUUUGAAGAAUAAAAGCUUUGUUAUUCAGAGGCGAGGGGAGAUCGAGGUGAAGGGGAAGGGCAGAAUGACCACUUACUUUCUUGAAAGGAACAUAGGAGUCAGCGAGCGGCAGAUUAUGGGUCUCUCCCACUUGGAGACAGGAGCUGGACAGCAGGACAGCCAGAUGAGCCACCAGCCAAAUAUCCACAGACAAGGGCAACGCAGGGACGACCUUUGCUUGAUCCCUAUGAAAUAUGAAGACAGUCUAAAUAAACCCCUGCAAUCAUCACAUAUGACUGAACCCCAGACCGGCCCAGCCAUCAAGCCCCAGGACUCAGAGAGCUACGGGAGCCUGCACACCGACGAUCUAUUAGAGGAUGGAGCUCCAGACCAGUUUAAAGAUACAGAUGAAUUUAGCCAAACAGAAGUAAACAAACACACAGACAGCUUUGACAGUGACACCGUGGACACAGAGGAACAGCAGCAGAUUACUGGUGCCAUGGAAACAAACAAUCAAAGCAAACACACCCAGACCAGGUUCUGUGUGGUCCUGUGA